AUGAACAAAUCUGCUGAUCGAAAGCGUAAAUUACGAAGCGUUACUCAACAAAUCAAAUACUUGAUUCGAAGUAAACACCGAGGCUAUCUGGCUAAAAUAGAAAGUUCGUUCUGUGACAACCCCAAACUAUUCUGGAGUUACCAUAAACCAAUUCUUCACCACCGGACAGGUCAGAGCAACGAAAUAACAUAUAAUGGUUUCACAGCCAAGACGGCGAAAGAAAAAGCGGAUCUUUUUAACACUUACUUUUCUUCAGUGUUUCGUCCAUCUUCUACCACUUGUAACCAGACGCCUCGAACGGAAAGCAAAGAGAACAUCUCGGAGAACGGAGAUAACAAUCGAU